AUGGCUCGCGGCGAGGAUGCUGAAGUCGCUGCUUAUACUAGUACCACCUUGCAACUGAUUAAAAGCCCACUGGCCGAAAGAAAGAAUAUCGAAGCGGCAGCGCUUAGCAAUGCUAGAAAUCCUUCAUUCAUUGCUGAUGCCGAUGUGGACGAUGGUCUGGAGUUCGCCAAGGUCCAUGAAAUCAAUGACACUUCAAGUCUUGGAUCAUUUGUGGGAUACAUACUACUUCUCUGGACAACUUGGCUCUUAACAACCCUAUAUGAUGUCCGUUAUGUCACUGACAGUGUCUGGGAGCGACUUUGCCGUGCAGUGCACUUGGCUGUCAUGGUUGGCUUUGCUGAACUCGGUCCAACAUUUGACUUUUUCAAGGAAGCAAAAUCUGUCUUCCGGGCCAUGUGCUUAUUUCUCAUGGUGUCUAGAUUCAUGCUCGCGCUUCAGUAUUUUACAGUGUUACUCCAAAUUCGCAAGCAUAGAGAAACCAGAGUACCACUUAUGAUCGCAACGGGAUUUCAUUUGCUAUUCGCCGUAAUCUAUUUAGCGGUAUCCUUUUUAUCCGUUGAUGAAGCAAGCUCAGUCGUUGCCGUCAGUUGGUAUAUUGGGGCAGUAGCCGAGGUCGCCAUUCAUCUUGGGCUCUCCAGUCUCAAAGCUCUCAGUCUAUCUGAUACUCAUCUUAGCGAGCGCAUGAAUCUGCUUACUUUGAUAAUCCUUGGUGAAGGAGCAAUCAUCAUAGCGAGGAAUAUACAGACUGUUGUGAAAAAUACCUUCCUAAAAGACAGCAACAAUAUGUGGUCUGCUGCUCUCAUCGGAGUUGUCACAUGCGCGGUUGCGCUGAUUUACUUCGUCUACCAGAUGUACUUCGAUUGGAUGCAUUCUGGCAAAUUGACUCAUAAGCGACAGAUGUUUUGGGUUUCCUGGCACCUUCCAUUCCAUGUCGCUCUGGUCCUUCUUCUAGAGGGUGCAAAUCAGUUCAUUGCUUGGUCUCAAGCGCUUCAGUCGAUCAAUUCAGCCGCUCAGAGCAUCGUCAAUAUUACUUUUGAGCUACCUAGUAGCCCAACUACAAAAGAAGUGGUUCGAAUAUUAAAUGAAACAGUGACGGAGCUCCUCGAGUCAUACCCUCCCGAAGACGAAGUUGCAGCUCUGGAUGACAUCGAGAGAACUUAUCAGAGCUUGCUUACUCUUCCAGACUCCUUUUGGAAUGUGAAUGGCCAACUAGCCGACAAUGACCCAGAAAUGGUGCGCUGGCUUAACGGCACGAGAGAUCUUGCGCAAACUGUCUUUAAUGGAAUAUUUGCGUCGUUUAGUCUCGCGGCACCUGCAGAGGAGACCGAAUCUACAGAUGUGCAGUCUGCCACCGAAGCCGCGUAUUUAGCCACUGCGAAUAAGUUUGGAACUGUGCCGGCUUAG